AAAACAGCCUUCAUCCAGUGGAGUUGACACAGUAAGGACUGGCGUGUACAGCAGCCAACCCAGAGAUGAGUGUGUCAACGUGUCAGAUGAUGGAACGUUACAACCAGCAGGGAUUCCUCUCUGCUGUACCGGUCCUAGACGACACAGAGCUGAGGGAGGCCAGACAGGCCUUCAACCAACUGGAGAGAGAGUUCGGUGAGGAGUAUACCCAGUACAGUCUCCACAACGUGCACCUGCAGUACCCCUGGGUGAUGAGCCUGGCCAAACACCCCCACAUCCUACAGGUGGUACAGUCCAUCCUGGGCUCUGAUGUCAUCCUGCUAGACUCACGCUUCAUCUGCAAGUACCCAACAACCCCCACACCCCACAACACAGCCACACAGGCAGGAAAUGAUGCCAUCGCUCUGACCAGUGAGGAGGAAGUGAGGUCAUCAGAGAAGGACCAACAGAGUGAGACUGGGCUGCCCUUCGUGGCCUGGCACCAGGAUAUGAGGUACUGGGGAAUAGCUGGGGGUCCAGUCCUGUCUGUGUGGCUGGCUCUAGACGACUCACUGGCAGAAAACGGAGCCUUGAAGGUCAUCCCAGGAAGCCACUGCUCGGGCAUGCUGCCCCACCAACUCGCCACCCGCCAAGGAAACAUGCUGUCAGUCAACCAGGAGAUCCCUGAGGAGCUGGUGCAAACAGACAGCGCUCUACUCUGCCCCCUGCUGGCUGGGCAGAUGUCUAUCCAUGAUGGGUUCCUGGUCCACGCCAGUGACCCCAACACAUCACAGAAGAGACGCUGUGGCUUCGUGAUCCGAUACGUCCCUACCUGUGCCUACCCUAUACAGGACCCAGACCGCCCCAGACGUUUCCAUGCUACAGUGAUGGCCAGUGGAUCAGACCAGUUCAGUCACUUCUCCACCUAGCUAUGAUGAGCCUUACACCACAACUCCAACCAUAUCCAUACCGAUCGCAUUAUUGUAUUACUGUCUGCUACUUAGAGGAUCCUAAUGAUGCUGUGUUCACCUUGAUGACUUACUGCUGUGUUCACCUUGAUGACUUACUGCUGUGGUCACCUUGAUGACUUACUGCUGUGGUCACCUUGAUGACUUACUGCUGUGGUCACCUUGAUGACUUACUGCUGUGUUCACCUUGAUGACUUACUGCUGUGGUCACCUUGAUGACUUACUGCUGUGGUCACCUUGAUGACUUACUGCUGUGGUCACCUUGAUGACUUACUGCUGUGGUCACCUUGAUGACUUACUGCUGUGGUCACCUUGAUGACUUACUGCUGUGGUCACCUUGAUGACUU